CCCGGUGAUCUGGCGCAUGUUGACCUACCCUCCGACACGCCGUGCUCUCAUUGUGGGUUGUGGACUCCAGAUGUUCCAGCAGCUUUCUGGCAUCAACACGGUCAUGUACUACAGCGCCACCAUUCUGCAGAUGUCUGGAGUACGUGAUGACAAGUUGGCCAUCUGGCUAGUGACUGUAACAGCGUUCACAAAUUUUCUGUUUACUUUGCUGGGCGUUUGGUUGGUUGAAAGGGUGGGCAGACGCAGACUUACGUUGGGAAGCAUCUUUGGUACUGUUUUGAGUCUGUGUAUCCUAUCGGUUGGCUUCCUCCUGUCAGCCCAGCAUUCUCCUCCUGUUACACUACAUCUGACGGACCCCACGACACCCAACUCCAGCUGCACAACACAUCUGUCAUGCGAGCCCUGUAUGUUGGACCCAAGCUGUGGUUACUGUUAUCAGGAAAACAGCACUGCUGUGUUUGCCUCCUCCUGUGUGCCCGUCAAUCCGGCCUCCACUGAGAGAGCAGCGUGGGGGAAGUGCUCCAACUCCACACAUAUGCCAGAUAGUGGUAUAUGGGCUUAUAAUUUUUGCCCAACAUCUUAUUCAUGGGUUGUGCUCCUGGGACUGGUGCUCUAUCUCGCAUUUUUUGCCCCAGGAAUGGGACCGAUGCCAUGGACAGUUAAUUCUGAAAUCUACCCUCUUUGGGCCAGAAGCACAGGCAAUGCUUGUUCGGCUGGAGUGAACUGGACCUUCAAUGUGCUGGUGUCUCUAACGUUCCUUCACAUGGCCCAGUACCUGACUUACUACGGUGUAUUUUUUCUGUAUUCCAGUUUGGCUCUAACUGGUUUCUUUUUCAUUUAUGGCUGCCUGCCCGAGACUAAGGGACGGCGGCUAGAAGAGAUUGAGUCCUUGUUUGAAAACCAGCUUUGCUCAUGCGGGAUCUCGGAUUCUGAUGAGGAUCGGCAGGUGGAAUACAUCCGGGUGAAAGGGUCAAACUACCAUCUAUCGGACAACGACGCAUCAGAUGUCGAAUAACUAAUUUGAAACCUCUAGGGUGGUAAACAGGAAUGAGAAGGUAUCGAUUGAGCCUCAUUCAACCCUGAUGUCAGGUCCGCCCACUGUAUCGGUCAGGUUGAGCCUCUCAAGAACAGGGUUGUAGAGCACACACAAACAAACACGCAGUGCCAAGUCAGCUUUUAUAAUAUCGUCAGUAUGUUUUUGCGUCACAGUACAUGCAGAUCUACUGGCUCUUUUCUCCACUGUCGGAUGAAUAUCCUCUGCUUAUUUAUGUAAAAUGAGAUGCUAGCUGUAAAUUCAAUAAUAUGUAUGCAGAGGGAUAUUAUUUUUUUCUUAAUGUCAUGUCUAAGUGCGAACUCAAUGCAAAUUUUAUAUUUGAAAAUAACACUUAUGCACGCAAAGAAAAAUAUAAGCUACACUACACUCUCAAAAAU